AAUUCAUCUGAGUUUUUCUAAUUGUUGUCUCUUGAUGAUAUUGUUUCCAUUUCGAUAAUUAUUAGCUAAUUCUGUUUUAAUCUUCACUUAUGGAAGGUUUUAUUCGGGUUUCGCCCAAAGAAUUGAAUUUAUCUCUUACUCUAGUUUGUGGUCAAUGUUUCAGAUGGAAAAGAAGAUCAAAAAAAGACAAUGUUUGGUUUGGAAUUAUUUUCAAUCAUGUUUUUGAAUUAACUCAGAAUAUUAAUUCUUUGAAAGUAAAUCAUGGUGAUGACGGUGAUUCAGUUGACAGUUCAAUCCAUUGGAAACUGUUAAAUUCUUCAAACAAUAAGACUGGAAAAGCAGCGAAACGUAAAAAAUUAUCUCAAGAUGACAUAUCCAAUCUGUUGAGUGAUUAUUUUCAAUUACAAGUUCCAUUGGUUGAUUAUUAUGAUAAAUGGUCAAAAAUUGAUUCAAAUUUUAAUUCCAAAGGAUGUCAACUACCUGGUAUACGAAUACUUCGUCAAGAUCCGAUUGAAAAUCUAUUCAGUUUCAUCUGUUCAUCUAAUAACAACAUUCCGAGAAUCUCAAUGAUGGUUGAUUCCUUGUGUUCCACUUAUGGGCAACAAUUAUUUGAUGAUCAUGAAUUUGGAACAAUUUAUAAUUUUCCAUCAAUCAGUAGACUUUGUGAAGAUGGUGUAGAAAGUAAAUUACGAUCAUUAAGCUUUGGCUAUCGAGCCAAAUUCAUCCAUCAAGCAGCCAAAACAAUAAUGUCUAACGAUGCGAAAAAUCCUGAGAAAUGGUUAUUCAAUUUGAGAAAUGAAUGUUAUGAAAAAGCUCAUAGUCAAUUGAUGUCUCUUCCUGGUGUUGGUGCCAAAGUUGCUGAUUGUGUUUGUUUAAUGUCUUUGGAUAAACAUGAUGCAAUUCCUGUUGAUACUCAUGUUUGGAAAAUUGCUCUAAAUGAUUAUCUACCUCACCUAAAGAAAAACAAAACAAUGACUGAUAAAUCGUAUAAAGAGAUUGGAAAUUUUUUCCGUUCACAUUUUGGACCUUAUGCUGGUUGGGCUCAUUCAGUUCUAUUCACAGCUGAUCUUGCAAAAUUCAAGAAAUUAUUGGAAUAACAAUUAACUUAAUCAUCUCUCAUCCAUCAAUUUUUUUAAAUCACAACAAGAAAACAACAUCGUUCUUGCUUACCAUUAGUAAUAGUCUUUAAAUCAACUUCCAAAUGAUCAAACUCUUAAUUUCUUUCAAUCAAUGUGUAAUAUAUUCUCCUUUAAUUGUUAUUGUAUUUUCAUUUUGUAAAUAAAAUAAAUUCACAAUCAAAAGUGUUGAUUUAAUUCUCGA